CUAUGUCUCUUGUUUGGAUUCGAUUCACAUAUACCAUUGGUACUGCUAAGCGGGAGAAUCUCGAAAUAAAACAAAAAUAGGCGUUUCGUUUAAUUUUUCGUAAAAUGUAGUCAAAACUAUGACAAGAAUUCUUUAAUUGUUGUUCUCUUAUUAAUUUUAUAACUUUGGCGUGUAGAAGAUAGAGCUUGUUUUCUUGCCGUAUAAAGCUUACCCGGUCUGCAAGUUUUCUGUGUGAUAGACAGCUUUGUAUCGAAAUGAUCAAACGUUCGCUACUUGAAAUUCAGUCCAGUGAACUGAAUCUUUAAUGGCUUACACCUGCCAACAAUUACUCGUUCCAAAUUAAUCGCUUCCGGUUGCAUCCACGCGAUGUGCUCGAACUCUGGUAAUCCUGAAUUGCUACUUCAGCAUCCCCUGGAUGAGGCGCAAGCCGCCAAAACCCGAAACUGUACUUGCUGUCAGGGCCCAGCAGUACUGGUUAUAAGACGCGUCAAUGGAUACUGUUUGUCCUGUUACCAAGAAACUUGUCGACACAAAUUCAGAGCCACAAUAGGCAAAUCGAAAAAGAUUAUUCCGGGUGAUCGUGUUCUGGUUUGGUUAUCGCCUCCGCUAGGCGCUGUUGCAGCUGUAGCACUACUUGAAGAGAGCCGUCAAGAUACACUACAUAAAAAACUUCAGUUCGACUUCGAAUAUGCCAUCAUCGAUGGACAACAAGAAAGCAUCGACCUGGCAAAUUUCGGAUCCUCUGCUCAGCUUCACCGUGUUACUUCGCCAGUAGACACUCCGCCCCAGCGGAACUCCACCCUUCGCAUGGCUCACCAGGCCAUCGAGGCACUCAAGGCCGUUAUCCAAUUUGCCAAGGCCAAUUCUUUUAACAAAGUGUUCACAUGCGAGACGGGCGGCGAUUUGGCCCAACAGAUGUUGAUAUCGGUAGCCCUAGGUCGAGGGUGCCAACUCCCUGAUAUUACCGGGCUUAGCGUUGAACGGGAUGGCGUCACUCUGCUUCGACCUUUGAGAGAAUUUUCUGAUGAGGAGAUUGAAAAAUAUUUGUUCUCAGGCGACUUACCCGUACCAGUAACACCCAAGUUACCGGCUGGUAUCCAACGUUUAACUAGGGACUUUGUGAACGGUCUACAGGCAGAAUUCCCGAGUACGGUUCCGACUAUUUGGCGAACAGCCGAUAAAGUCUCGGCUCUGUCAACAAAUAGCGUAACAUGUGAUUUAUGUGGAUAUUGCUUUUGGGACGGUUCUUUAACACCACCAACAGACGUCAAGUCAACCUCAGUUAAAGAGGUAUAUGGCGCCGUGGACGCUCUUCGGAUAUCCGCACAACUGUCGACGACAUUAAAGUUGGAGCGUACCGACAGUGUAGCCAAAAGGUGUUAUUCAUGCCGCCAGAUGAACGUGGUUCAAUGAAUGAACUCUUCGCUCAUAUUUAAUUAUUGUUUUUAAUUUGGAAAAUUAUAUAUGCAAUUUGCUUGUAAUCAAAGCACAUACAUGAACGCUGCAGAACGCAUGUACCUUAAAAAUGGCCAUACGCGCAAGAGAUUAAAUAAACAAAAUAAGAUUGCAUUUAUCACAGCAACAAUAUUUUAUAGAUAAAAUUUUAUAUUAACGGGUGAGCAAGGGUUCACGUUUACUCGUACUGCCAUUUUGAGACUAUUUUUCCCAGAGCCAUGUAAAAAUGCUGGGGCCAAUCUGAAUAUAGCGUCUGGAAUUAUAUUAUGAAAAACAUUACCUGCACACCGACCGUACGACCACCAUCGCAUAUAACUAGUUUAUU